UACUCUAAUCUAAAGUAUGGGCAAGGGCAAAUGUGUUUCCUUUACAUGUUCACUUUGUUUUAGUAUCUUAGUGUUCACAUAUCACAAAGUAAACAAUAAAUAAUUAAUAUUGUCAAUAAGUAACACAAAGUACUAUUUUGUUGUUAACAUAUUUAUGAUAAUCAAUCAUUCCAUGGGAAAACCACAAAAAAGUUAAAUAAAAGAUUAACUACAUAUCCCUAAGGAGUAAAAAACUCGAAUUUAAGGGAAAUACUCAUAAAGCCUGAGUGAAAAACAAUUAAAAUACUGCAGAACUAGACACAUGAAAACUCAGCUUAUGGUUUAAAUUUUAGUUACAUUGAAAGCAAAAUGAAUAGCUUUGAUACACAGUUUGUCACAGAACUCUUCUUAGAUAGUAACAGUAAUACAACAAUAAGUAGAUUAGCCGUUACAAUUGCAAAUGUCAUUUACGAAAAUAAUGAAAAUGUAAAUACAUUCAAUGAAGUGCUUACAAAUGAAUUCAGCAAUGUUUUGCAGUCAGUGGGUGAACAUACUGAAUAUCACCAUUCAAAAAACAGUUAUAAAUGUAAAAAUUCAGGAUUCUAUGAAAAAGUUGUGAAAACUUUAAGUGAUGUUGAUUAUAUUUCUAAUUUUAGAAUGAAAAGAUCAACAGCAAAGGCGCUAUUACAAUACUUACAAGAGAAUGUUGAAGCAGACAAAACCAAUAUGUUAUUGGAUAAAAAACUCCAUAUCUUCAUAUUUAUUUUAACUUCUGACUUAUCUUUCAAUGAUGUGGCAGCACUGUUUUGUCUACAGAAAUCAUCAGUACGAAAUAUUUUUUAUGACAUUGCUGCUAUGUUAUCAGGACUGACAUAUUAUUUAAUCAAUUGGCCAUCUCCUGAAGAACAACACAUCACCAGGCUUAAGGUAUUAAACAGAUUUCAAUUUCCUAAUUGUGUGGGUUUCAUAGAUUCUUUUCGUUUCAAGGCAGGUUCAAGGAGAACCAAAAAAGCAUCUCUAGAUACUGUCCUGCUGCAAGCUGUCUGUGAUGAAUCUCUCAUGUUCAUUGAUAUACAUGUAGGUUCAAUGGGAAAGACAAAGAAAUACAAAGUGUUCAAGGAAAGUAAACUUUCACAGGAGUUGAAAAACUUUGUAGAUUUUGACAGUCAUAUUCUUGGUGACUCAGAGUAUAAGUUGAAGUACAAUUUAAUGACUCCCUUCACUGCUGAAGAAUUGUUAACAAGUGAAGAAAUGAAAUACAAUGAAGUCCAUUGGAAGACAAGAAGCUAUAUAGGACAUGCAUUUGAGAUGUUGAAGGAAAGGUUUAAGAAAUUGAGCCAUUUGGAUUUAGACAGUCCACAGGCUGUAGGAACAAUACUAAGAGCUGCAUGUGUGCUUCAUAAUUUCAUAUUGCUUCAUGAAGGAGCUCCAGUAAUCAAAGAAGAACCUACAAUUUGUGAUAAUGGUGCCGAUGAAAUCAUAUUAAAUAUUGAUACCAACAUUGUUAAAUCCUCAGUUGAAAAGCGUCAGUUUAUUUGCAAUUACAUCAAUUACAUGAGUGUUAAUAAUUUAUUACAAGGAGAGGCAAAAGAAUUUUAGUUGAGUAUGAGGAAAAAGUGUAAAUAAAUAAACAACUUUUUAUUUAAUAAUACUUAUAUUUCUCCAAUAUUAUGGGAAAUUGAUAACCUUGCUAGGCAUUUAAUUGAUUUAUUUUUAUAUAAAAAUAUUAAUAAAUCAUUUUGAAGUGUGAUAACUAGCAAAUUGUACAGUAUCAUUUCAAUUUACUCUGUAGAUCACUUAAAAUAACACAAUUGUAAAAAAAAAUAUAAUGUUUUAUAAGAAACAUGUAAAAUAAAAUUAAUUUUUACCAUC